AUGGCCGCUGUACAACAAUUACUGACGAGUCCACCGCCGAGAACGGCACUUCCUACAACUGGACUGAAUGGCGAAACAUCCGCAGACACCACCACGACGGACAGAGUCAGCCAAAGUCCUGUACUGCUCCAUGGCCGGUCCUUGCGAGGAGCCCCGGAAGAAGGCGACAAGCGAAUUGCUGUUAUUAUUUUUGGUCAAGGCCAGGAGCGAGUUGUGUCUAUUGUCGCUGAGGUACUUAGUAAACCUUUCAAGUUGAAAACCUCGUUCAAGGACGUGACAAGGGACGAUCACGGAUUUGUCGUCGGCAUAUCAGCCAGGGACGCAAAACGUGACAUCGCGGGCCGAAAGCAAGAGCUGCUUGUUGCCAUCAAUACUCACUGCGUAACUUUCGGAAUGCCUCCGGAUGAGCAGCUGUCGACACAUUGCGACUAUGAGUUUUUAUACAUGGAAUCACCAUACUUUCGCCGCUACCUGUCCCGAUUUAUUUCGUUUACCUUGGGUCAAAUCAGCCAUCAUGAAGAGCUCAUGGCCAAGCCAAGGACUUUGUUCAUGUCAACGACAUUUCCCGAUGUUCGUGCUGCAUUGCCCAAUCUCGAUAUUCUCACCGUUGGAUCUGAUGCCAUUGAAAUUCGAGUCGACCUGCUCCGGGAGCCUCUUCCGAAUGGUGGCUUCUCCGAGGUCCCGAGCUUAGGUUAUGUUGGAGAGCAAGUUAUGCUGCUGCGAGAGCGGACAGAGUUACCCAUCAUUUUUACAACGCGUUGCACCAACGAAAACGGCAGAUUCCCGAUGCAUGACCCAAGACUCUACCACCAGUACCUGUAUAGAGCUAUCCAGUGGGGAAUUGAGUAUAUUGAUAUUGAGCUGUGGCUUCCAGAGGAGAUUCGCCGGGAUUUGUGGCAGCGGAAAGGCAACUCUCGCAUCAUGUCGGCAUUCCACGACUUCUCUGGGACUUUCAAGUGGCCUUCCCAGUACGCACAGGACGUUUUUCGACGGUCUUGUCCUUAUGCAGACAUUGUCAAGAUGAUCGCGAUUGUCAACGAGCCCAAUGAGAAUUUCGAAUUGGAAUAUUUCCGCUGCAAGGUAAAAUCGGAAUAUCCCAAUGCGCCACCUCUUUCUGCCGUAAAUAUGGAGGAGACAGGCCAGUUCACAAGAACUCAAAACAAGGUCUUCACACCAAUUACACACCCUCUUCUCCCCAUCAUUGCUGCCCCGGGACAAAUGAGCACCGCUGAAAUUCACCAAGCAUUAUGUCAGCUGGGACAAUUGCCGAUGAAGAAUAUAUAUGGGGUUAUCUCCUCCCUGUCUCGAAGCGCCAUUCCGCAGGCACCGUUUUAUGAGAAGUGUUUCAAUGAGUUAGGUCUUCCUCAUCGAUUCGGCAUUAUCGAACGACAGCCAAAUAACUUUGCUGGUAUGGAAGCGUGGUGUAACCACAGGGACUUCGGAGGCGCGUAUCUUGACCCUGGCAUCUCUGUCCAGACGUUGUCAAAGCACAACAAGUUCUUUGCCAGGCUGAAUAAUGGCCAAGGACCUACACUCACCGAAGCAGCCCGGGUCAUCGGAAUCGCUGACACCAUCGUCGCCAAAUCUGCCUCUUCCACAACGUCAGCACCGCCAUCCAUGCCAUCCAGUCCCCAUGGACAAACGUCGGCGGGUUCAAGUGGGCAAACCGGAUCAACAAGCCCGUCUCUUAUUUUUGACAAUGCUGGUUGGAGAGGCAUUAUGCAUACCCUGAUGCACGAUCUAGCUCCCUCAGCCUACUUCGGCAGAGCCGCUGUUGUUCUUGCAUCUACCUCUGAUGACGCCGCUCCGGCAUUUUAUGCAUUGAAAGCCUUGAAGAUUGCCAAGAUCUACACUGUUGGCUUCCGAACCCCCACUGCCCUCGCUCAUCAUGCUCCUCCGAUUGAACAGUUCAUCAGCUUGGAGAGCCUUCAACGUGCGAGGUCCGUGUCAGAUGAACGGGCUCCGUUCGUGAUCGUCUCCGCUCUUGGGCCUGACAAGGGAAACCUCGUGAGUAUGAUGCUACGUGCGUUUGCGGCUGCUGGUCAAGAAGGUGCGCCAAACGUCAACAAGGUCUUCUUGAACCUGGCCGAUGUCGCAGCUCGCAAGACAAUCAACCCUCACGAGACGGCAGAAAGGAGCGGAUUUGCGUCUUAUGGUGCCGCAGACGUGGCAGCAUUCACCAUUGUCGAAAGUUUAAGAUUGCUCGUCGGUCAAAAUGUGCCAUAUAGCUUUGUGAGACUGGCAAGCGGAAGACACCAUCCCUUUUGA